CCUUUCAGUUGGCGCACCUGACCUGACUGAUACUACAGUUACAAGCGUGCGCAUUAGACUGCUCAGCCACGACGCUACAAGAGAUAUUUAGUUUUGUUUAUCAGAAUAACCUUGAGUCGCGCCAACUACCUACAAGGCUACCAUUUAGGCUGUAUUUUGUAUAUUUAUUCGUGACAACAAAAUUCACAAAUAAACGUCAAGUGUAGAAGCAAAUUAUUAUCAAUUUCAUCAUGAAGCCAACGCUUGUAGCUGAUGAAAUGUUUCCCGAAGGAGCUGGGCCUUAUGUUGAAUUGGAAGAGGUUGGAGGUAAAUUACAAUACAUUCGCAGGUGUAUGCGAUUCCAUAGAAGAGCAGGAAAAUUUUUUUUCUAAUAACAAUGAUGAAAAUCGUGAAAAUAACAAUAACGAAAAUAGUGAAAAUAACAAUAAUGAAAAUAACGAAAAUAGCAAAAACGAAAGUAUUGCAAGUAGCGAAAGUGAAUCUACCAAUAGUGAAAGUACUAAUAGUAGUAGUAAUACUAAAAUAUCAUCCGGAUGUAAAAAGAGAAAGAUAUUUUCUUUUACAAAAUCCUAUCCUAACCAGGGAUCACCUAGUUUCUCUCUAAACCGAAUAUCUCUAUUUGAGAAUAAAGUCAGGAACAAACGGUGUCAUACACAUUUUUUCAAUGACUUUGAUGAUCUGUAUGACGAUGAUGACUUGGAGUGAAAAGGGAUUUUAAAAUAUUUUAGAGAGAAGUCAAUUACAUAUUGUACACAGACUGAGUAAUUAAUCUAGGAGUAAUGAAACUUUUGUUUUUGUAAAUCCAAGAUGCUAAUAAAUGUAAUAUAAUAAUGAACCUAUGAA